AUGCCCCUUGAUACCGACCUCCGGCGAUGGUGCGUCUACGGGUCGACGAUUAUCAACAACAACAUGCGCGGCUACAGGAUGUCGAGAGAAGGUGUGGUGGUAUCCCAGGAGGAUCCGCAUUUUCUUGUCGAAUAUGUCAUCCGGAUAGGGUGCGCAAGCGAGUUCCACCUUGGGAUCGACCCCACAAUCACCCGUACCGCCUCUGGCUACAAAUUCCAGGUCUCGCACGGGGGUACAAUGCGAACAUAUACAUCACAGCAAAUGUUCUUCAGACAUCGCGUUCAUCAUAUUCGUGGCCGUGCUACCCAUGUCUUCCUUGUGGAAGAGGAGAAAGAAAAGAAGGACGAGAAAGAAAAGAAGGACCAGAAAGAAGAGAAACCAGUCGUCCUCAAGGAUGCUUGGCUGGAAGUUGAUCGACUGUCGGAAGAACAGAUUCUCAGCAACAUCUUCGAGGUCUAUGAGAAGACUAUUCCAGCCGACUGCUCUGUUGUGGAGAGGAAGCAGCGAAUGGAACGCGCGCGCCGGUAUUUUAUCCCUAUCAUCACUUCUUGGGCCGUGCAAGACGUGGUUCAAGGAAUGAUCAUGACGCCUGGCGAUGUUGAAGAUGAUGAUCCGAACAGCAGUGCGGGCGUGUUCCACCUUCCGCGAAACAUGGCGUACGACCAACUCGCAUCCGCCACCCGUAGUCUGGGGACCAGCCUGAGCGAAAAUUAUCCUCCUGCGAUACCUGCGGUGCGCAGAGCGCUCUAUACACCUCGCAUAAAGCGGCAGCGGUGGAGAACUGUCUAUGGGACUGUAGGUGUCCCCUUGAAUAUGGUGAUGAAUGUCAGACACGUCUGCAUUGUUUUGCGUGACUGCACGGCAGCGCUCAUGCUAUUGACGCUGGCCAAGUAUCGACACAGAGACGUGAGCCUGUUCAAUAUGUACCUAGUCGGAGGGGACAGCCAAGAGCCUUCUGGAGCGCUGAGCGAUGUUGAGUAUGCGGCCGACUGGACCUCCCGUUCCGGGUUCCAUACGAUACGAACUGGCACCCCACUCUUCAUGGCGACGGAAAAGGUUGUCUCUAUGUGGUUGUACCUUCCCCAACGGCCUCCCCGACACAAUGAUAUUGAUACACAUGAGCUCGUCCAUCCACUCACCCAAAUGCCUCUAACAAGAUUCGAGCCACCUGAAGACCAAGCAGCCUCGCGAGAAAAAAUACCAAUACCGGAGUUCUGGGUGACCCCUUUGCACGAUGCAGAAGACUUGUACUGGGUGGCCGUCUAUAAGCUCUUGUACAGCGUGCCUGCGGCUCAUGCAGUACCUGCCCCAAGGCAGGUCGAGGUCCGGAAGCUCUUGUUCGGGUUUGCAGACACAGCCUAUCGCAAGGAGUUCAUGCGUUUUGGUCGAGUGUCGGUACCCCUGAAGACUCCACCGAAUGAUGAGGAGAUGGUACCUAUCGCAUUCUUAUCGUGGUGGCUGGUCCUGAAGGACAUUGGGGCAGUCAUUGCGAAAGCCCAUUAUGACUAUCAAACGGAUUGGAACACCGACGUCUUCCACCUCAAUCUAGAAAGAAUCUGGCUGACUUUUGUCAAACUGGUCGGUGCGAUGGUAACGGACCUAGAGAUUGCGGAUUAUGCUGACCUCAAGGACGCGGCACCGAUACAGCAAUCGAUACCGGGGAGUGAAUCUCCCAAUCAAGGCCGAGCGACGAAGAAACGCAAAACCAAUAACGCAUAGUUUUUGUGCUCCGUAAAUACCCAUGUAGAGAUAUACAGCUGUGACACCCAUUGAUGUAUCGUACAAUUGCUGCAUCGAAUGUAAU